AUGAUCGACUCCGCCAUGAUGAGCGGCAUACCGGUCGCCGAGGAUAAUAUUAUCAACCGGCGGGGUGGUGAGUCGAUUUAUCAAAGCUGUGUCAACCUGAAGCGCCGACUUUCCGAAGUCCCCAGCUUCGAACCUUAUAUGCAGGAGAUGGAUGAAGAGGAUCGGGUGCGGGGCAACACCGAUCCGGUCUCGUCGUUGUGGAGCUGUCUGCGAAACGGUUAUCCGCUGCUAAGCAUUUAUAAUGCCUCAGAACCCGAGGAGGAGUUGAUCGUUGACCCCGUCAAAGUCCCAGAAGCCAAGCGUCCGAAAGCUGCAACCUUCAAGUUUCUGCAGGCAUGUCUGCAAGAACUCGCUUUUCCUCAGCAAGACUGUUUCCUGAUCACAGAUCUGUAUGGUGAAAGCACGACGGGCUUCAUUAAAGUGAUCAAGAUGGUCAAUCGCGUGGUGGAUAUUUUGGAGAUGCAAGGACAUCUGAAGCGUCCAUCUGAAGUCACAAACGCCCCGCCUGGUGCCCAGGGAGCGGUGAAGCUCACCAAGCGUGAGCACAUCUUGAAAGAGCUUUUGGAAACCGAGCGCGAUUAUGUUCAUCAUUUGCAAAAUCUUCAGGCCCUGAAGAAAGAGUUAGAGGAGACUGGUGCUCUGACAGGUGAUGCGAGCCAUCAAAUUUUCCUGAAUCUCAACAACCUGCUAGAUUUUGCUCAAAGAUUCCUGAUUCGGAUGGAACAACACUAUGCCUUACCUGAAGAGAUGCAAAACUGGGGCAAUCUCUUCGCCUCGCACGAGGAACCCUUCCGACAGUACGAACCAUUUAUUGCCAACCAGAUGCGCUGCGAUGAGGUGUGUUUGCAGGAAUGGGAUAAGAUCAGGGUUGCUCCGCGCCACGUGGAUCUCCAACAAAUGGUUGCUCAACCUAAAACAUUGAAUGGAUUCUUUGUCAAACCUUUCCAACGAUUGACUCGAUACCCUUUGAUGCUGUCGGAAUUGCGCAAGCAACUCGAAGAUCCCCAGCUCCAAGCCGAUAUCACUCAUGCGAUUGAUACUAUCCAGAAUGUACUUGACUCGGCGAACGAGGCGAUUCAUAAAGAGCACCUGGCUGCGGCUGUGGUGGACUUGUCCGAACGAGUAGAUGACUGGAAAUCGCUGAAGAUGGAAUCCUUUGGAGAGCUACUUCGCUUUGGCACCUUCGCAGUGGUCAAGGGAGACAGUGGCAAGGACAAUGAGAGAGAGUACCACAUCUACCUCUUUGAGCGCAUUCUGCUGUGCUGCAAAGACAUCAACCCAAACAAACAGAAAACCAAGCUCAUAAUGAAUAAGGACAAGCCGGCUGUCACAGCGAAAGGGAAGCCUCGUCUUCAGCUGAAGGGUCGGAUCUAUAUGGCAAAUGUCACGGAUAUUGUUCGUCUUCAGAAGCCUGGCUUUUAUCGCAUUCAAAUUUUCUGGAAGGGAGACCCUGGGGUAGUCGACAACUUUAUUAUUCGGUACCAGAACGAGGACACCAUGCGGAGUUGGUACCAAGAAAUUGAUACCCAACGUACGAUUCAAGCAGAGCGACGCACUCUUCGACAUACCGGCACUUCGGAUAGCGAAUUCACCUACAUGGAGGGUAUGGCCAACAUACCCAAUCCAUACCAGCAAGAGUACGAUGUCGAUGAUCCUGCCAGAGAUAGUAAUGGAAACUACUACUCAGAAUUCCCUAUGAGCCGGAACGCGUCCAGCACCAGCCUGCGGACCCGCUCCGCCACUGGGGGUAGCACUGGAUCUGUUCCUCACGCCAACGGCCGCCCACGCUUCGCUGUUGGUGACCCGGCCCUCUCAGUUCAUACCCAAUUCCCUGGUGCGGCUAUGUCUCCUGGUGACCGGAAUAUGAAUUCAAUCGAACCGCUAUACUGCUCCCGCACUGUCCCGCGGGACUUCAAGAGAUGGAAGUACCCCAACGGGAUACUUCCCCCGCAGCCCAACGGUCGAGGUGCCCAGAGACCGUCUCUUCCUCCCCUCACUGGAUCCCAAGCACCUUCGUCUAAUGGCACCGCUCAACGAAUGCGUUCGGCCAGUAGUCCUGACAUUCACCAUCAUAAUAAUGCCCCACCUGAUUCUCGGCGUUAUAUGGGAGUGCAUACGAUGCAGACCGUGGAUAAUGUUCCCGUGCCGCCAAUCCCCGCACAUAUGGCCAACAUGAAGGCACCCGUCAACCGCAGUCAGAACAACUCUCCUACCAACAGCCAGCUUCCCAUCCGCUCCCAACCCCAUCACGUUCAUCCCACUCAUUUCACCGAGCCCGAGUACAAUGACAAUCGCACCUCAGGUCAGGUCUCUGAUCAAGCGACGUCUCCUCUGACCCAUGAGCCCGAGGGAGAUCCAUUCAUGCCGACUCAACUCAAGGCGAAGGUCAACUUCGACGACAACUACGUCACUCUCGUGAUUGCAACCAACAUUUUGUUCCGUUCGUUGACCGACCGUGUGGAUGCUAAAUUGGCCCGGUUUACCAACCGGUCUAUUGGCAACAAGACCGUUCGUCUUCGGUAUCGUGACGAAGACGGCGAUUUUGUUACAAUCGACAGCGAUGAGGCCGUCCAGCUGGCUUUCAUGGAGUGGCGUGAGCAAAAUCGAGAUGCGCUUGCCAAGGGCGCGGUUGGUGAGAUCCAGCUCUAUUGCCAGGUAGUUGAUUAG